AUGGGCAUUUUUGGAAAUGCUGCUGUCCUUUUGGCCUACAUGCACAUCAUCUACUCCGAGCCCAAGCUACUCCCAGUGGACAUGAUACUCUGCCACCUGGCCUUUGCAAACCUUCUACUGCUCCUGACUCGCUGUGUCCCUCAGACUAUGACUGUGUUUGGCCUUAGAGACCUCCUAAACGAUGCAGGCUGCAAGGUGGUGAUUUAUGCCUAUCGAAUCGGCCGUGCCUUAUCAGUCUGCAUCACCUGUUUGUGGUUCCUAAACAUGGCCAUUUGCAUCGCUGCCCCGUUUUUCUCCAUGGCUCCACGCAAUGUCGCCAGGUCAGGGGCAUCCGGCGCUCUCAAGCAAAAGCCCAUUCCUGUUCAGUCGCUUCAAUAG